AUAAGCAUCGUAUAAAAGAUGGCAUAUAAAAUUAGAAAUUAGUACUCCAACAACUCGAUCAAGAAUUAUGUGGUUUAUUAUUUACUUACUUUCUAUACCUCUAAUUUGGUUCUUUUACUAUGUAUUGUAUCCAAUAUUCUAUUGGAAAAGAACAAAAAUUCCAUACGCAGGAUUUUCAUCGGCUUUUUAUGGAUUAAGAGCACUUUCCAUGCGAAUUUCUUUAGGAGGGUUAUUGUGGAAUGUUUACGACAGUAGUGCCGCGAAAGCUAAAGUAAUAGGAUUUCAUUUAUUCGGUAGACCAUGCGUUGUUGUUAAAGAUCUCCAAGUGAUGAAACAUAUUUUAAUCAAAGACUAUGAAAAUUUUCAAUACAGGACCGUUGAAGUAAACGACAAAAGCGAUCCGAUUGGAUCGAGAGUUUUAUUUUUCUUAAGAAAUCCUUCUUGGGAAUUAAUGAGGAAAAAGUUUAGUAACACUUUUACUGCCACACGUUUUCAAUCAAUGUAUUCUCAAAUGGAUUUUGUUGGUGAUAAUUUAUUGGAGUAUAUUAGUGACAAUUCCGAAGAACAAAUUAGCGCUACAGAUAUUGUACAAAAAUAUUCGACAGAUGUUAUUACUUUAACCGCUUUUGGGAUAAAAGCUAACAGUUUUAUUGACAGCAAUGCAAUUUCCAUUAAAACUGCUAAAAUUGUUUUUGAAGGUACUUUUUAUAGAGGCGUGCAAUUUAUGAGUUAUUUCAUAUCGCCUAUUUUAACUAGAAUAUUUAAUAUGCAAUUUAUUCAUAAAGCUGGUGUUGAUAUUGUUAAAGAAAUGAUUAAAGAUGUUGGAAUUUAUCGUAAACAAAAUAAAAUUGUUAAAAAUGAUUUUAUUGGUACUAUGCUUGAUAUGUUAGAGAACAAAACUUACAUUGAAGGAGAAAAAGAAAUUUAUGGCCAAGGAGUACAAUUUUGGCUCGCAGGAUUUGAAACAAUCGGCUCAUCUCUCAUAUUUUUAUUAUACGAAUUAGCUCACCACCAAGAAAUUCAAGAGAGAUUAAGAAAAGAAAUUAUGAAAACUUUUGAAGCAGAAAAGGGAAAGAUAUCUUUUAAAGCAAUAAAAGAAAUGGAAUAUUUAAUAAUGGUAACAACAGAAUCUUUAAGAAAAUAUCCCAUUUUACCAUUUUUGGACAGAAAAUGCAUAAAUGAUUACGUAAUUCCCGAUACCGAUUUAAAAAUCGAUGCUGGAACAAACGUUUAUGUCUCAUUAUUAGGAGUUCAUUAUAACCCAGAAAAUUUUCCAAAUCCUUUUAUCUUUGAUCCGGAGAGAUUCGCGAAAGGACGUAAAGGAAUGAGUGAAGAUUUUAGUUAUUUAUCGUUUGGUGCAGGACGACGACAUUGUAUAGGUUUAAGGUUGGGUAAAAUGUCACUAAUGGUAGCUGUGGUAAAAAUUUUGGGUAAAUUUCGCAUACAUUGCUUUGACAAAUAUUCUGAAACUAAAGAUCUUCUUGAUACUAAAGGUUUUUUGUUGGGGUCCAAAAAGAAAAUAUUAUUUAAAUUUGAAAAAUUAUAAGUUACAGAUAAAAAUAAUAAUAUAUUGCUAAAUAAUCCUCAGAAUAUCAUUAAUACUUUAAAAAUAAAAGGUGAAUUAAUUAGACAAGGUUAGUUUGUUUUUGCACAGCUCACCACUUUAUUGUAUUGGCCAUGUUGAACUUUUUCAUGGAGAUUCUUCAAGCACUCAAGACAUUCUUUGAAAGUUGUCAUGGGCUCAGACAAGAACUUUUUAUUUUUAAAUAUAUGGCUAACUUCAUAGAUAAGAGUCUUACAUAUUGGAUCACGAUGGUUAAUUCACAUAAACAAGCUGGAUAACGUUGAGUUUACAGACGAUUAGUGUAAACACUCGAGGUAGUGGAAAAAUAUGAAGACAAAGGACUCACACUAAAUGCUAAAAUGCACUUAAGAAGAUAAUAUCGACCAGCUUGAAACCUUUGAGAUGUGAUGUUAUAGAAGAACCCUGAGAAUAAGCUGGGUGGGCAGAACAACACGGAGAUAUUAACACGUUGAAUGCCACAAUAGUCACUAAAAGGCUAUCCAUUCUGGCCGGAACAAUUUUAAAAUUAAAUAGGUAUGAGAAUCAACUGGUGCUUCUCAUAGCUGUUGUAGAAACAAUGCACAUGAAAUAAAAUGCUGUAUAAGAGCUUUCAAUAAACUGAGUCACAACAUAUCUCUAGAAACAAAAGUAAGAAAUCUGAGAUGCUAUAUCUUUUUCACAUUGUUAUAUGGCAUAGAAUCCUGGGCCUUGACAGAAGCCACAACUGAAAAAUUGGAAACUUUUGAAAUGGCGAACAGGAAAGUGCUACAAAAAAUGAAUAAGGAAUUGGAAAUGAUUUGCACCCUCAAACGCAGAAAACUUAAGUAGCUGGGGGAUGUCAUGAGAAAUCAAUACAGAUAUUCCCUGCUCCAAUGCAUAAUGGAAGAGAAAGUCAACAAAAUCAAAACUGCCAACUUUCGAAUCGGAUUAGCACCUCAAAACAAAACCUUAGAAAUGUUUACUCAAACGAAAGCGUUUGUUUUUGCACGCAAUUUAAAAAAUUGAUAAUGAUUAACUAUAAAACUCAAAAUCAUUAUACCACCUUUUAAUAAGAUUUAAUUUAUUUUUUCAAUCAAAUCAAUAACAAUUUUAACAUGCUUUAAUGAUUCAAUGUAACAAUAAAAAUAUGAAAUCACAUUAAUGGGAUGUAUAUGUUGUCUAAACUACAAGAGUAGGUUGGAAUAAGGAAUGUGGAUUUUUUUUAAUAAUACUAAUGUGACAAAUUAUUUCAUGGUUGGCAGUUACUAUGUGAAACACACUUAAACAGACCGAUUCAAUUCAUCCCUUAUAAUGGAAACUUUAAAAUAUUAAUGUUAAUAUGUGUUCUAGUGGUGCAAUCAUAUUGGCAAUAGUUAAUUCGAAUGGAUUUCAACAGUAAAUUAAGUUUGAAACUCAAUAUCUCAUCAUAUUCUAGGUUUUUUUUAAUACUACACUAAAAAUUUUGAGGUAGAUUUAUCAACUUCCUUUUAGUGUUCUAAUAGAAAAGGUACAAAUAUAAAGUUAUAAAUUUUGUAGAUUAGGAAAUUUUUCACAUAUAUAUAAAACGCUAUAUUUCGUAUAAUAAAAUAUUACUAAACUACUA